CGAGGUCCCUGCGGAGGGCAUGGAGCAUCUGGAGCGCUGCGCGUGGUUCCUCAGGGGGACGCUGGUGCGGGCGGCCGUGCGGCGCUACCUGCCCUGGGCGCUGGCGGCCUCCAUGCUGGCGGGCUCCCUCCUCAAGGAGCUCUCCCCGCUGCCCGAGAGCUACCUCAGCAACAAGCGCAAUGUCCUCAACGUGUAUUUUGUCAAAAUGGCCUGGGCCUGGACCUUCUCCCUCCUUCUGCCUUUCAUUGCCCUCACCAACUACCACCUGACAGGCAAGGCUGGCCUGGUCCUGCGGCGGCUGAGCACCCUGCUCGUGGGCACGGCCAUCUGGUAUGUCUGCACAACCCUCUUCUCCAACAUUGAACACUACACGGGCAGCUGCUUCCAGUCGCCGGCCCUGGAGGGGCUCAGAAACGAGCACCAGAGUAAGCAGCAGUGCCACGGGGAAGGGGGCUUUUGGCACGGCUUUGACAUCUCCGGCCACUCCUUCCUGCUGACCUUCUGUGCCCUCAUGAUUGUGGAGGAGAUGGCCGUGCUGCAUGAAGUGAGGACGGACCGAAGCCACUGCCUCCACGCCGCCAUCACCAGCCUGGCGGUCGCCCUGGGCUUCCUGACUUUCAUUUGGGUGUGGAUGUUUCUGUGCACAGCCGUUUAUUUCCACAACUUGUCCCAGAAAGUGUUUGGCACCUUGUUUGGUUUGCUGGGCUGGUAUGGGACAUAUGGGUUUUGGUAUCUGAAAUCCUUUUCCCCAGGACUUCCUCCCCAGAGCUCUAGUUUGAAUCUGAAGCAACAUAGUUACAAGGAAUAAAAGAGAAACAAAAGGAGCGACAGCAGGACAAUGACUAAUCUAUUUUUCAUUUAUUUUUCUUAAUUAUUUGACUAAAUUAUCAAUCCUACUUCAGAGAGGAGACUUACCGGGCAGCUUUGGUGAGUGGUGUUGGAGUCUGGGGAGGGAGUUCAGUCCCCAGAUGUCCCAGCAGCGUCACCCUGUGUCACAAGCACCACCAUUUCCAGUCAGGCACUGAGCAUUCCUGGCAAGACUUGACCUUAAUCUGGACCGUCCCUUUUGUCCCUAGAGGGCAGAGCCAAGGCUCAGCGAGAGGACAGAAUCAGGAAGGCCUCAAUUGUGUGGCCGAAGGGGAGGCCAGGGCCUCAGGACUCCUGCUGCCAUCGUUCUCCCUGAUUCCUAGUUGUCUUCUAUUUUAACGGCCGUUCAUGCUGUUAUUGAACAAUAUUUCUCUCUGGUCAAUUUUGUGUAAGCAGUUAUUUCCAGCAGGGUUCUUUAUAAAACAACCAACCACCUGAAAGAUACUCGCUGGUGGUAGUAUUUGUUUCAUCCAUGAAAUGUUAAAUAUUGUGACCGGCUUGUGAUUAGCUCCCAAAACAGUUAAACUGGAGUGCCUCUGUGACUAAGUAUUGGAUGACUUUUAUGUAAGGAACAUAAUUGAUAAUUUUCUGUCCGUGUUGUCUAUUAUAUGUUGGUUUUUGGAGUGAUAAGGUUACCUUUUUUCCUUCUAUUCUGAGUGAAUGCUUUAUAGUUUUUAAUAACAACUAUGGCAUUUGUUCUUUGUCGACAAAACUGAAAAUAACUCACAACUCCAGUGCUGCACUUUGGCAUGUGUGUAGAAUGCUUUGAGUUUUUUUUAGAACACUAACUUACUUUUUAUAAACCAAACUCUUGGCUUAUAGUAUUAAAUUCCACCUCAUGGGGCUGUAUUCUCUGUUAAGAAUAAAACUGGAAAGCAGACAUUUUAAUAAUAAUAACUUGAUGAAUUUUAAGCUGAGUCAGAGUAAUUUUGCAAAACACAUGUUUGCACUGAAACCUUCCCAACCACACGUCGGUGAUAUAGACUGAACAGUGCUUCAGAGCUGUAUGAUAAGUAUGUUGCUCGGUCUGCUGUGGCCCGGGGCAUUUUUACCUUUUGCACAGAUUGUGGUAAGUCAGAAGUGAAGGAAAGUAUCUUCCAUUGCCUCUGACGGCAAGAAGCCAACCUGUUUGCGAAAGUGUGCUUAUUAAGUGGUGGCGUGACUUUGGCCUCACUCACACCACCAACAAAGUGAAACCAGACCUGGGCCUGUUCAGCUGACCUUGAAAUCAACCUUUUCUUUCCCUUUCGCAGCACUUCUCAAUUUCUUUCUUUCUUUUUUUUUUUUUUGUGAGGAAGACCAGCCCUGUGCUAACAUCUGCUAAUCCUCCUCUUUUUGCUGAGGAAGACUGGCCCUAGGCUAACAUCCGUGCCCAUCUUCCUCCACUUUAUAUGGGACGCCGCCACAGCAUGGCCUGACAAGCGGUGUAUCAGUGCACGCCCGGUAUCCGAAUGUGUGAACCCUGGGCCGCCGCAUCGGAGCGCACACACUUAACUGCUUGCGCCACCGGGCCGGCACCGCACUUCUCAAUUCCCAUCCUUGUCCUUCUGUGGCCUUCACUGUGAGAAUGCUAGGAAGGGUUAGAAAUCCUAUUGUCCCCCCAACCCCGCCCCCUACAAGGACAUAGUGACAUGCUCUGUGUUAGGAUAUCCCCCUCCCCCUCCCAGCUGUCUCCUUAAGCCUUUCAAACCAGCCCUUUGCAUUUUGGAUAAUCAUCCUGGAAGCUUGUUUGAUGCCCCUCUCCCCACUCAAGCCUGAUAAUAGCAUUAACUGAUAAGCACUACACUUGCCUGGCUUAACGCAAGCUUAGGUUGUUACGAGCUUGGGGUCUGGAAAAUCUUCAGGGUAAACUGUAUUUCAUAUAAAGAUGUAUUUAAAAUACGUCGUUCGUAUCCUGUCGGGCUGUAGGUUAACUUGUAUCACUCAAAAUGUGAGGUGUGAUAUGUUGUACCCAAAGGUGGCAGAAACACCUGCAGUGAGGUUCCAGAGGUGUCACCGUGGUGCUUUGGGAGCAUUGGUGAGGUGUGCCCCAUGAGAACAUUGGUGUCCUCUGGAGGUUACAUCCAUGAACUGGGG